AUGAUUAUCAUUGUUACUAUUAUCAUUAUUAUUCAUUCGCUAGUAACAAAGGUGGAAAAAACGUUUUCAGCAAAAGAAAUAGCUCUAUGCGCCUUUUUAGAUAUAGAAGGAGCAUUUGAUAAUGCCUCCUAUUCAUCUAUGAAGCGUGCAAUGGAGAAUAAAAACUUCGACCAAUGUAUCAUACAUUGGAUUCGUACUGUGCUUGCAAAAAGAGAAAUCACCUCUGAGCUGGGAAGUUCUUCUAUAACAGAAUUGGCAACGAAAGGUUGCCCUCAAGGAGGAUUCCUCUCACCACUAUUGUGGUCCUUGGUUGUAGACGAUCUUCUAAGAAGCUUGAAGGAAAAAGGUUUCGAAGUUGUGGGCUUUGCAGACGAUAUAGUCAUAAUAGUGAGAGGAAAGUAUGACGAAACUGUUUCGGAAAGAAUGCAAAGGGCUCUAAACUAUACACAUUCAUGGUGUAUUAAGGAGGGCCUUAGAAUCAACCCGUCAAAAGUCGUAAUUGUCCCUUUCACUAGGAGAAGGAAGAUCAACCUAGAAGCUUUUCGGCUUGGAGGGAUACAAAUUCAUCCUAGUGAUCGAGUCAAAUACUUAGGUUUGAUACUGGAUGCUAAACUGAACUGGAAUGCUCAAAUUGAGUCCGUGAUCGGUAAGGCAAAAAGUGCGUUCUGGUUAUGUUCCAAAACUAUUGGCAGGAAGUGGGGCUUGAAACCAAAAAUGAUAAUGUGGGUUUAUACUGCCAUAAUCCGCCCAAAAGUGACGUAUGCUUCGUUUGUCUGGUGGCCAAAAACAAAAGAGGCUACCACGCAAUCAAAGCUUGCAAAAAUCCAACGUCUUGCGUCCAUUGCUGUUACAGGAGCGAUGCGAAGCACACCAUCAAAAGCUUUAGAUGCGAUUCUCAAUCUGCUACCUUUGCACGAGUAUGUGCAAUUAGAAGCAGAAAAGGAAUUGCUGAGACUUGAACGAGUUGAAAAGUUUAUGCCAGGUGAUCUUGUAGGUCACCUGAGCAUUUCACAAUACUUCCAAAACAGGCCAGUAAUGAAAAUGAUUAAAGACUGGAUGAAACCUGUGGAGAACCAUGAUGUUCCUUACAAGUUGCACGAAACAACUCGUGCAGAUUGGGAAGUCGGAGGUCCCACUGUUCGUCAAGGAUCAAUCAAAUUCUAUACAGAUGGCUCAAAAGUUGGAAUAAAAACGGGAGCAGGAAUCUACGGCCCUGGAAUACAAAUUUCAGUGGCGAUGGGACACUAUCCUACGGUGUUUCAAGCAGAGAUUCUUGCUAUUCUGAAAUGCACAAAUAUCUGCCUUGAGAGAAAAUACAGAUAUGCAAAUAUUUGUAUUUUCUCAGAUAGUCAAGCUGCACUAAAAGCAUUGUGUGCUUACAAAUGUACUUCAAAGCUUGUCUGGGAAUGCAUUCUUUCACUGCGCAGGCUGUGCCAAGGGAAUUCAGUAAACUUAUACUGGGUUCCAGGUCACUGUGGCAUUGAAGGGAAUGAAAUGGCAGACGAGCUUGCUAAAAGUGGUUCCAAUUUACAGUUUGCUGGCCCAGAACCAUCCUGUGGUAUAUCGAACUGUACAAUUAAAAUGGAUCUGAAACGCUGGGCUGAGCAGAGGGAGAUAUCCAAUUGGAUGAAUGUCAAAAAUUGCAAUCAGUCAAAACGAUUUAUAACACCAAAUGCUUAUAAAACCAAAAAUCUGUUAGAGCUUAACAAGAGAGCUCUAUGUACAUACACUGGCCUAGUAACUGGACACUGCCCGAGCAGGUAUCACUUGAAAAAUAUUGGCCAUAUUCAGAGUGAUAUCUGUCGUUUCUGUAAUACGGAACGUGAAACCUCGGAACAUCUGCUUUGCAGUUGUGGUGCUUUAUACACGCGCAGGCACAGAUUUCUAAAUAGUGGUUGCUUGCAACCCAGUGAGAUCUGGUCUGCAAAACCUGGGAAGGUCUUGGAGUUUAUCAAUUCCAUUGCACCUGACUGGGCGACGACGCGUCGUGGCAGUAGCUGAUUACUUGACACAUGGUAAUUAGCUGGCUAGAUGCGAAUAUCAAAACGGGACAUGCCACAAAAGUUCAGCCUAUUGGACGCAGUGGCUUACACGCAAAAAAUCCGUUCCGAUAUAUGUUGUAGUAACGGGAACUUCGAGGAUUCGAAAAAUAACACACGGAAUGUUAAUAUUCCAAUAUACUCCGCGCCGCGAGGCACACCUUUAUUCGUUGCUGUCCCAAACUCUACUACUCCACACUCAUUGCCACUCGCUCACUGUGCUGCUACUCUACACAACAUGAUAAGGUGACGUAACCAAUAAUUGCCCAAUAUCACACUCCCCCUUUACUUAAUGUCUGUUUCAAUAACCGCAACAUAAUCCCGGAGGUAUCCUGGAGCUCUUGACUUCCUAUGCGGCCGUUGAACUGGCUCCUCCUGGGAUGGACCAGCUUCUUCCGCGUCAAUAGUUAUGUUUCCUCCUGUUUGGGAACUUUCCGUCGAGUCAGAUGUCCUUGUGAUCAGUUUCAGGUGCGCAACUAACACCAAACAUGAGCCUUUUGAAUCUGUUCGACAACAAACAUUGAAAAGAAAAAUAACAUACAAAAUUGAAAAUUCAAUUAAAUUUAUUUCUAGUUCAUACCCAUGUGAAUUAUUCAAAAUGGAAACCAACUGACGAAGAGUUUCUUAAAAAUGCAAAUUUACCUGAACAACCCGCUUUUGGUAAUGAACGUUGUAAUGGUUCGCGACUUCUCCGAAAUUUCCAGUUGGUGGUACGCGUCCUUUACAUCCAACUUUGAGAAAACAGUGGCUCCGCUGACUGAGCCCAAUAACUCUUCUACCGUUGGAAGUGGAUGCGUCUCCCUUAUAAUCGCCUGGUUUGCUCGGCGCAUAUCGAUGCAUAACCUUAUCUCGCCUGAGUCCUUCAGCACCGGUACCAUUGGCGAUACCCACCGGGAUGGUCCUCGUACACGUUCAAUAAUUCCCUGUGCCAACAUCAUCCUCAACUUUUCUUCUACCUUCUCUUCCAAAGCGAACGGUACUCGGCGGUAGGGCUGCUGAACCGGUUGAACUUCCUCAUCGAUAGGUAUUUCGACAACCACUCCCUUGAACUUGGUGAAUUCCUGCUGUUGCUCGACAUUUCCUACAUCAAACCCUACUUUAAGGACGCUCAACUCUUUGGCUGUCUGAUCUCCCAAUAAGCAUUGUUGUCCCUUCUUGGCCACAUAAAAAGUUGCUUCAGUUCGUCUUCCGCCUCCUUGGACAGUUGCCGUAAAACUUCCUAGUAUCUCCAUCGGCUUUGUUGAAGCGUAGCUGGUGAAAUCCUUAUCAACCAUCGUAGACAUAUUCGAAACCUUAGCGCCCAAUCGUUUCAUUUCUUCCCAAACAGUAAUGCUGAUUAUGUUCGCCGCAGCCCCCGAAUCAAUUACCAUCGGGACUUCAACGUCACCGAUCUGAAACAUAAAAGUGUUUCUCCCCAUGGCAUAAAAGAUGUAACCAUCGUCGUCCUUGUUUUGCUCGUCCUUUUCAUGAACCGCUCUGAUACGCUUUACUGGAACCGGUCCACGCUGGUCGUUGUUAGGUCUCUUGAGACACUGGCGGGCGAAAUGGCCAAAUCCCCGACAUUUCAAGCAUUGAGCUCGACUCGCCGGACAACCUUCUGCGCCUUUCACGUGACCCUUUUUCCCACACGCGAAACAUACUGGUUCUGAUCUAGAUUGAUUCAGGCCACCACGAGAGUACGAGUAACGGUUAUUCGUCCAUUGAUACGGGAUUUUCGGAACUCCCUGCCUGUUGGAAAAUGAUGAUGGAUGUCCAUGGUUUUGAUUCCGAAACGAUAGUCUGUUGAUAGAUUCAUGAGGAACUCUAUUGAAUUCCUUCAGUUGACGCUCGCUUUCUUCCAAGCUAGUACCAAGUGCCUCAACCUCAUCAAGAAACAUGUCUCGUUUCAGAAGCUUCUGCCGUAAUUUGUUGGAUGUGCAUUUUUCCACAAUUUGGUCAACAACCAUCUCAUCCGGUUGACUGUAUUCACAACGCUUUACUUGUGUACGUAGUCGUAGCACAAAAUCUGAGAACCUCUCUGUUGGUUUUUGCGCGAUUUGUCGAAAUUGGUGUCGUUCAUACGUUCGACGGCGGAACGGCUCAAAAUGAGCAUCCAGCUUAGAAAUCGCCGUGUCAUAGUAUGGCGGGUCCACCAAUACAUGAGGAACAUUGUCAACAUCCGGGAGAUUGUCAAAUAUAUCCCUCAAGUCCGGACCACCCAGAUAUAGCAACUUGGCUUUUCUCUGAUACUGCGAAACAAUGUUCUCUGCCUCAAAGUACGAUUCCAAAUCUCUUUUCCACUUGCUCCAUGCUACCGGUAGCUGAGAAGAUUCCACCGACGUCUGGAACGCUCUUACACGGCAGUCAUUUCCAGCCCUAUUGCAAAAACCAGCGAAAAUAACAUAAAAUACCCAAAAGCAUGAUAAACUCGGUAUAAACGAUUUUUAUCCAAAACUUCACUAUUCGGCACAUCAUUCCUUUCAUGUUAUAUUGAUAGUAAAAAAAACAUUUGCACACAUAAGAACUAAGUUAGCAUUUCAGAGCUAUUUGUUGUGUAUCAGUCAAUCAACCCACUCUAACAACUGUCAAGCGAACCCGCUUACUUCUUCUCACACACAAGCGAAUCCGCUUCUCCCAAAAAUGUUCAUAGCGAAUCCGCUUAAAAAUAAAAAAAACCUUACCUUAUCUUUCAUUGAGAAUAAGAGUAUAGCGACUCCGCUUCCAUCGAGAAUGCCAAUAUAACAACCAUGCGUUAUUUUUCUAGAAACUAGCGAAUCCGCUUCUCUUGAAUGUAUUUAUAGCGAAUCCGCCAGCGAACCCGCUUAACUCCAAAUUAAUGACAGCGAUUCCGCUUACUUGUCUGUUCUCUUUCGAAUUCACAAUAAUAGCGAUACCGCUUUAUCUCAAUUAAAUCCUUGAUUAAAUUAUAUAUUAGUAUUUUCCAGCACUAGGGACAUUUGCUAUUCUCACACAUCACAUUUUGUUCAUUUAAUGACGAUUCCGUCAACCAUCAUCAUCAUUCAUAUUCUUCCUCAACUUCACCAAUACUGUCAUAUCCUUUAUUAUGAACGAUCCCGUUCUCAGCGAUACCGCUUCUAUUCAUUAUAAAUGGAAUUAUCAUCAACCUUAUUGAAAAACGUCCCGUGAUCACUUGCUUGCAGUACCGCGAAAAAAAUCCGUCCAAUUCCUUCAUUUUUGUUUUUCGAUCAGUUUUUUUUUUUUUGGUUCAAUGUGACUUACCUGUGUAUGUGUGUAUCAAAUUCUCAACAUCGUAUGAAGAAUUCAACACAUGCGUAAACUGUCCAACUGCUCCGCAACUCUCUGCCUGUUUCUAUUUUCAGUAAUUUUACAUUCACACAAAGUUGGCACAGACACACAUUUACCCCCCCACUACUAGUAAAAGAAUAACAUGAACUUUUUCGUCAUACCCGCUCCUCGUUUCUCUUCACAAAUACACACUAGCGGUUUUAGAUUUUCCACAUAACUACCAUUCCCUUCUGCUGCAGUAGCGAACAGUGAUUAAUUUGUACACCAAGGCAACAAUGUUAACCAUCACACGUUGGUACCUCUUUCCAUAUUUACACGUAGAUUUUUUUUCUUUUGCCUUCUACAGCUCUUCUUCCCACACACAAUCACACCCAUGGCUGGAGUACUCCAGCCACUGCUAGCUUUCCCUUCGUUUUCACCUUCCGCCAUUUUUUUCAAGCGAAUGAUGUGCCGAACGCAAGUGAUAAUUUUGUAUGCUCACUUCAUAUUCUUCACAAGAUUUCACUGAUUACUUACUGAUCGUGCAACGGGCUUGGACCCUUGACGUUGUGGUUAUUUAAUUGUAAUAAAACGCGAUCGUUCACAUCGCCGUCCUGCCAUGGCGGAGGCAUAAGAUGUACUGACGUACUGCUUUAUUUACUCUACUUAAACUAGUGUAUGUAUGAGUACAAACGGUAGUGUAGUGAGGGGUAUGAAUAUAUCACGUUUUGUCCGAACAUACCGGCCCGCCAAAACCAACGGUUUUCAAUAUAAAAACCAGGAACUACAAGCACGGUAUCAUUAAUUCAUUCAUAAAAAAACACUAAACAAACUGGUAGCUGAUGAUACGAUUGACACAGAAUAUGAUGAAACGAGAAAUGUAGCAACCGCUGCGGGAAGACAUCCAUUGUUGUACAGGUGCUUUGUUCCUCCACGUCGUCCAAAAAUGAUAGCGACGAUGACACAAUAGCUGCAUGGGAUCCGACAAACGCAUUCGCCACUUGAAUAUGAUUCCUGGCCAGAACUGCAAAAGUCCACGGUGAGCCAGGAACGUACACGAUUCUGCUAGGUGGCUACCGAGGGGCCACACCACCGUAGCCGGGAAUGAAGUGGAGUCCUCAGAGCUGGUGUAACACGUAACAUCUUUGGUACUGAUGGGGUUUUAAUUGCAGCACAUCGUCACAUUACAGCGGUUGAUAAUAUUGCCCGCGCCACAGGUAUCACGCGUUUGGUCACGGCACCAAAAUAUGAUCGUGCAACGGGCUUGGACCCUUGACGUAGUGGUUAUUUAAUUGUAAUAAAACGCGAUCGUUCACAUCGCCGUCCUGCCAUGGCGGAGGCAUAAGAUGUACUGACGUACUGCUUUAUUUACUCUACUUAAACUAGUGUAUGUAUGAGUACAAACGGUAGUGUAGUGAGGGGUAUGAAUAUAUCACGUUUUGUCCGAACACUUACAUAAUUCACCGUCGUCGCCAAAUGUAGUAACGGGAACUUCGAGGAUUCGAAAAAUAACACACGGAAUGUUAAUAUUCCAAUAUACUCCGCGCCGCGAGGCACACCUUUAUUCGUUGCUGUCCCAAACUCUACUACUCCACACUCAUUGCCACUCGCUCACUGUGCUGCUACUCUACACAACAUGAUAAGGUGACGUAACCAAUAAUUGCCCGAUAUCACAUAUGUGAACUCCCAAUCACGGCAACGGGAACAAACGGGAACUAUGCAUAGCAACGAUAACAACAAUAAGAAAUGUACACCGUGAACUAGAUUUCACGUUUUCUAGAACGCCCAUAUUGACAGCUGGAACUAGUUCCAGUUCACGGUGUAUAUUUGCUUGUUCUCAUAUUUGCGUUUGUUUGUUCACGUUUAUCAGAACGGUUUUCUGAGCGUGUAAU